GUUUCCUGUUCAUUGGAGGAUACAAGGGGGCGGGUCUUAAACUGCAUCGCAGCUGAUCAUGGUUUUUUCCUCUCAAGUUGUUUUCUUGCAGAGAGCAGCUUUGCAGAGAUUUUUAAUGGCUCUGUCUCUGUUAGCAGAAGACCUUUUAUUGUGUGUGUAUGUGUGCGUGUCUUGUCCAUCUGUUUACAUGCCGUGUUCCUUUGAAGCCUCGCAUUUGAGAACAACUUCUGUUCAUAGUGGGAUUUUCUUCAAAAUGAACUGUUUUUAGGACAAAUGUCCUGGACUAUCACUGGAUCUAAUUUGUUUUUAAUCAACAAUCAAAUUAACUGCGCGUCUUUCCAAGUUUGAUGUCCUAUGAUCGUUCGUGUCUCUAUUCUCUACAUCCGUCACAUCGCCUUCGCAUUGUUUUUUAGUUAUUAAUUUGUAGACCUCAAGAUGUUUUCGCACGAAAAGGAGGUUAGUGCUAUAGGCUUUACCUCCACAGACGAGUCCCCCGGGCAGUUGGUGCGACCUGACAUCUCCCCGACCCUGGAGCUCGCUCUCACCAUCGUGUACACCCUCCUCUACACCUUUCUGUUUGUUUUCGUGUACGUCCAGCUGUGGCUCAUCCUGCACCACGGACACAAGCGCUUCAGCUACCAGAGUGUGUUGCUCUUCCUGUGCCUGCUGUGGGCUGCGUUGAGAACCACGCUGUUCUCCUUCUACUUUGAGAACGUCGCCCAGGCCAACCGCCUGCAGCCCUUUCCCUACUGGCUGCUAUACUGCUGCCCGGUGUGUCUACAGUUCUUCACGCUGUGUCUGCUCAAUCUGUACUUCACGCAGGUGAUGUUCAAGGCUAAAGCAAAGUAUUCCCCAGAACUCACCAAGUAUAAGGUCCCCCUGCGGCUGGUGUUCCUGUGCCUCAGCGUGCUGUUCCUGGCGGUGAACCUGACCUGCGCGCUGCUGAUCCAGAGCGCCGAGCAGCGCGCCGACCCCGCCAGUGCGGGGGGGGUCCGGCGGGCGGUCCUGGCCCGGGUCCUGGUCAACGACAGCCUGUUCGUGCUGUGCGCUGUCUCGCUCUCCAUCUGCAUCUUCAGGAUCGCCAAGAUGUCCUCGGCCAACGUCUACCUGGAGUCCAAGGGCACUUCGGUGAGACAGGCCACGGCCAUCGGCUCUCUGAUCAUCCUGCUGUUCACGUCCAGGGCCUGCUACAACCUGGCAGUGGUGGCGCUGGCCCCCGAGGGGCCCGCCACCCCCUUCAGCUACGGCUGGUUCAGCGUCUCCGAUCAGGUAACCAUGACGACAACCGCCAUGCCGUCUUUAUUUUGAAUGCCUCAAUUGUUUUGGCCUCAAUGGCAGACGGAAUAAAAGUACUAGGAAGGACACUUAAUUUGUUCUGUGAUUUCGACUUUUUUCAUUCUUUUUUUGUGUGCUUUAACAAAAUUAUUAUGUUUACAUUUUGGGUAAAAGUUAAUAACUAGAAUCAGUUGGCCAGUUGUGUCAUCAGACGGUAACCCAGCAACCGUGUGUCAAUUGUUAUCGAUUGGAAUAAACAGUCUUUAUAUGGACUUACUAUAGUGCUGUCAAGCGAUUAAAAUAUUUAAUCGCAAUUAAUCGCAUUAAUGUCAUAGUUAACUCACGUAAUCGCAAUUUUUUUUCGAUGCUAAAUAUCCCUUGAUUUCUUUGUCCCAUUAAUUGUUCUCAUUUUAAUGCUCUUAUCAACAUGGAGAAGUGCAUCGGCUUGCCUUGUGCAAAUGUUUUUUUAUUGAUAACAACAUUGGCUUAUACUGAUCAAAACAGGACGAUACAAAAAAAAGCCUAUAGUGCAAUUAAACGAUGAACAUACAAACAUACUGCCUUGAACAUAGCACUCAGGCUACUGAUUCUUUGUUUUGAGCCAAAGAAAAAAAAAUAUUGGUUUGCGUUAACGCCGUUAUUAACGCGUUUAACUGACAGCACUAUUAAAUGCCUUUUUUGGAAACGUCUUAAUUUAAUGUUUCUGUAGUAUUAAUGGUCCAGAAAUUACUUACGCACUCAUAUCCAGUCGUAGGAAAUAUACGCUUUAUUCUGAGUAACUUGUUUCAGACAAGCAGUUAUUGUCUGCUAUGUUCGGCUUUCACCGGCAAAUAUACUAGCCUCUUCAUGACAAAAUGUCAAUGGUGUAAUAUGACUAUGACUUUGUCUUUGUCAAAUAUGUUUCUGCUCAACAAGUCGUAAUUUCUGUAAACUGCUAACCGGCGACAAAUGUUUCAGAUUUCUGACACAUAUAUGUACCGUUCACUUUGGUUUUCUCUGGAUGUGUUAGAAUACACACACGUACACGUAGUGUGUGUGUGUGUGUGUGUGUGUGUGUGGGGGGGGGGGGGGGGGGGGGGGGGGGGUGUGCGUGUGUGUGGUGUGUGUGUGUGUGUGUGUGUGUGAGACAUCAUCCUAGGAGAUUUGUUGAAGUAAUGCUUAGUAGAGUAAAGGGCUUUGUCUGUCUAUAAAUAAUCGUGUGUGUGUGUGUAGUCUGCAUAUGUUGGGUGGGGUGUGUGUAUGUGUGUGGACUGCAUAUGUUGUGGUGUGUGUGUGUGUGAUUAUGUGUAGUCUGCACUGUGGGGUAGGGGUGUAAGUGUGUGUGUGGAUGGUGUUGACCUACAUCAGGGCUCAGCCUUACAGACAGACAGCCAAGUCCAAAGGGCUCCAUGGAGACCAGAGAAUGUGUGUGUGUGUGCGUGUGUGUGUGUGUGUGUGUGUGUGUGUGUGUGUGUGUGUGUGUGUGUGUGUGUGUGUGUGUGUGUGUGUGUGUGUGUGUGUGUGUGUGUGUGUGUGUG